AUGGCGGCGGCUUUGGCGACAGUCGCGAAGGCGAAGGACGGGUCGCACGUGUCGCUGGACGGCGUGCGCGACAAGAACGUGGGGCAGCUGCGAAAGCUAAACGCGGCGAUGUUUCCCGUCAAGUACCAGGAGAAAUACUACAGCGACGCCAUGGCUGCUGGCGAAUACACUAAGCUAGCGUUCUACAGCGAUGUGCACGUGGGCGCGGUGGCGUGUCGGCUAGAGCGCGAGGCGGGCAGCGGCGGCGGCGUGAAGGUGUACAUCAUGACUCUCGGCGUGCUCGCGCCCUACCGCCGCCUCGGCAUCGGCUCGUUGCUGCUGCAGCACGUGCUGAGUCAGUGCGAAGCAGAGGGGUCAGGCGUACGAGAGGUGUACCUGCACGUGCAGACCAACAACGAGGAGGCCAUUGCCUUCUACGCGCGCUUUGGCUUCGCUAUAACGGACACCAUUAAGAACUACUACCGCCGCCUGCAACCCCCGGAUUGCUACGUGCUCUCGCGCUCCUUUGGCCCGGGGGCCACUGCCGCCCAGCAGAACGGCGCUGCUGCUGUUCCGGGGCAAUAA